AGGCCGACCAAGUUUCUCCACUGACUGCUCCUCCAACCGACCGACUGGACAGAUCUCAGGGAAAUUUUCAUAUUGCGUUUCCUCCACAUCAACAGGAUGACCCUUCUCAACUACCCUCUCCCAGACUUGGAUGUCACCUUGCAAGAAGUGAGCCGUGUCCUGCAGCUCACUUUAGGUCCUGACCUUUACCCAGAGUUCAAAAGUACGUUGGAACAGCAGAGGGAUCUGCUUGAAGAGGCCCAGGACAAGUUGUCUGCUGUGGCUUCAGGCCAAGAGAAUUGGGUGACCGAUCAGUUUAAGAGAAGUCUGCUGUCUUGUACUGAGCCCCUGCCAACCUCCACUGCCCUCCCUGUUGUUUUUCUUCCGUCAAAAGAAAACAAAUGUACCCAAGUGGGGAGGGCAGCCGCUCUACUUUGGGCAGCGGCAAAGCUGUACAGUGAGCCCCUGCUACUGCAGGGAAACGUGCCCAUGGAGCGCACACAGCAGUCUGAGGUAUUUGCUGCCACCCGGAUUCCUGGAAGGAUUCACGAUGAGAUCAAGGUCUACCCAGACAGCCUCCAUGCCAUUGUCACCUGUGUUGGAGGAGUGUUCCCUGUGGACAUACUGGAGCGUCCCAGCACUGGUGGCCCGGUUUCUGCUCGUCAGUUCAUUGACAUCUACAACCAGCUGGUUCAGGUGAUGGACCAACCCAGUGCAGGAAAACAGAAAGAUCCCUCUGCCAUUUGCAGCCUCUCGGCUCUGGAGCGAAAUGUCUGGGCUGCAACCAGGGAAGAGAUCCUGGAGCAAGGAGGGGAGAUGGCGGCAUCACUUGGGCUGAUGGAGAGUGCCGUGCUGACGCUCGGUCUGGAAGACUGUGAUGCACCGUCUGAUCUGGCUGACAUCCUGAAUGCAGUGAGGCUGGGAGGGGAAGGAGGAGAUCGUCCAUGUCUGAGAUACUAUGACAAGGUGCUGAACCUUGUGGUGUUCAAGAACAAGACGGCUGGGAUGGUGUUUGAGCACAGCGCCGUAGAUGGGAUGGUGGCAGGACUUGUUACUGAAUAUGUUUACAAUCUGUCUGAAACUGCUGACUUAGAUCUUGACCAUAAGGACAAAGAAAAUGUGGAUGGGUUCAAAAAACUGGCAAACAAUGUCAUAUCUGUUUGUCCAACUUCCCUAUCAUUUCCCUUUCAAGGAGUAAAUACACCCAAGAUGAAUCAUGAUUUAAAAGCAACACAUCCAGUUCUCACUUUUGAUAUGUACGCCUAUCCUGAUGUCUUUUCUACUCUGAGAGGGCAGCGAUGCCUCUAUGAUGCUUGGAUUAACUUCUCUUUGCAGCUUUCCCUGAGGAAGACUCUUGGUGUAGCUGCUGCCAAACAUUUACUUGUCACACCAACCCAUAUGCGUCACUACAAACAUGGCCGUUGUGAUCCUACAUACUCCAUCACCAUGCAUUCUCUCAAGUUAGUAGGGGCCUUGGAGGCUUCCAUUGGCCCAGAUAACACAAUCCAAUACACGCCUGAACUCCUACAGUUGUUCCAUGUCGCUUUGUUGGAGCAUAAGAGCCGCAUCAAAAACACCAAAAGUGGUAAAGGAGUUGGUCCCCAUGUAGCGGUCUUGCGUCAAUCCUUGCAAUCUGACAACCCACUGAAGAAGCACCUGGAACCCUUUGGAUGUCCAUCUGUGUACCUCACAGGUACAGAUCUGAUGGAGGGUGUAGAAUGUGGAGUAGGGAAUGUUUAUGCCAAAGAUCAGCUCGCUGUAACCUACCUUGGGAAGAGAGACAAGGUUCGCAUUGUUCUCAAUGGGAAAGGGAAGUAUGCUUUGGCAUUAGAGGAGCUUCAAGAAAGCCUGAAGAUGAACCUGAAGUUAGUGAUGCUUCUAGCUGUUAGGUACGCCAUUGCACAGCAAAUGGGAGCCCUAGAGCCUCCACUGAAUCAGAGUCCAACUGAGAAUGGGGAGACAAACCAUGUCCCAAACAGCCGGGACAAUGGCAAAACCUGGAGUGACUCCACUUCUGGCAGGAACACAGACUUCACUCUGGUGAUCCAUGGUGGUGCGGGAGAGGAGAUGAUGCUGAACACCGACAUCAUCGGGGUUAUUGAGUUUGCGCUACAGGCGGCGUUAACACUUGGAUCUCAAGUGCUUCAACAAGGUGGAAGGAGUCUAGACGCCGUUCAGAAGUCAGUAGAAGCUCUGGAAGACUGCUUCUUGUUCAAUGCAGGUAAAGGCUCCGUAUUCAACAAAGAUGGCAAAAUUGAAAUGGAAGCAACCAUUAUUGAUGGCAAUGCAAUGAGGUCAGGAUCAGUUGCUUGUGUGCAAAGUGUGAAGAACCCCAUAAAGGCUGCAAGAUGUGUCAUGGAGAAAAGCUCACAUUCACUCCUUGUGGGAGAUGGCGCUGAGGAGUUUCUACAAGGGUUGGAGAUGGAGAAGCCUGUUGGGGCGGAGUAUUUCUACACUGAUAUACGUCACAGGCAGUUAACUGCAAAGCUCAGUGAGGAGAAGGCCUUAAAAAACAUCCACCCUCAGACAGUUGGAGCUGUGGCCUUGGAUCGCUGGAGUGGGUUGGCCGCUGCAUCUUCCACAGGUGGGUUGGUUGGAAAGCUGAAAGGACGAGUUGGAGAUACAGCAGUAGUGGGGGCGGGAAUAUAUGCUGAUGACAAUUUGGCUAUAGCCUGCUCUGGAGAUGGAGAUAUAUUUCUGAGGCACACAGUUGCACAGAAAAUAGCCAGUCUCUACCACCACACUGGCUGUAGCCUUAGGCAAGCAUGUAAAGAAGUGAUGGCUAACAAUCUUGAUGGAACCUGUGCAGGAAUCAUUGCCUUGGACACCAAAGGUGAUGCCGUCAUUGAGACAAAUUCCGGAGUGAUGUUUGUGGCCUCAAUGAUAGAUGACAUAUCACGUGUAGAGGUCUUCAGGCCUCUCAAGAACUUCUCACAUGUCAUCUGGGAAACAGAUGAUCUGGUUGCCUACCUGACUCCCAACCCCUGGAUCCCUGGGUCAACCAUUCUGACCAGAAAAAGUCUUAGUGGGGUCAGUAGCAUCUUCCAGUUGCCUACACCAGACUUUAUGGCAAUGCUACAAGGAGCGAGAGCAGUGUCAAACCUGCUAUGUCAGAGAUUGGAAGUGCAGCGCUGUGCCAUGGUUUUCAAUCCAGCCCCUGAUCAACCUGCACAAAUCAGACUGCUUCCUCUGCAUGGCCUAGAUUCAAAAUGGCAGCCUCAUCUUGCAAGUGAAGAAGAAUUCCAAACUCACAAUCCUGGCUACUGCACCUCAAAAAGUGGCCCACGCUGGGAUGAUGAGGCACUGACCCAGGUCCUAGCCAAGAUUAGAAAUGGACUGCCAACGCCAAAUGCACCUUCAUGCUUUGACAUCCGCGGAGACCAUUCCAACAAUAACCUGUUCAGCCAAAUUGUACGUGGAGAGCAGCAACAGUGGAGGGUGUGGGAGGACAGUGAGCAUGUUGCCUUCCUGACACCAUAUCCAAACACACCUGGAUUAACCGUUGUGGUGCCGCGCAAACAUCUGUCCAGUGACAUCUUCAAACUUGAGGAUGCUGACUACAAAAAUCUGAUCUUGGCCACUUAUAAAGUUGCCAGACUACUGGAAGGGGGGCUGAGAGCUCAAGGAGUUGGACUGAUCUUUGAGGGCUUCGAGAUCGAUUAUGCCCAUGCCAAGCUAAUCCCUCUGUUACCUUCACCAGAUGGCACUAAACCUGCUGAUCUGCAAGCAGAGUUCUUCCACAGCUACCCUGGAUAUGUGUCAUCACUGGAUGGCCCAGCUGCUGACCCUGAGACCCUCAAAGAGAUCCACUCAAAAAUUACCCACUGCAGGCCCUCUCACUCAUGGCAGGACCCCCAGUCUCACUCCACACUUGCCAUCAGGAGCCAGUGGUAUCGCAACCUGUUCCAGAUUCAAAACACUCUUUUCCACAGCACAGUAGAAUAUUUCCACUCUACCUGCCAGUACUCCUAUGCUCUGACCCCUCUCACCACUGACACCAUCUCCUCACCAAUGGGCUUGGGAUCGGACUCAGAACCAGUUUCGGUUAACCUGCUGGGACAGGACAUCUACCUGGCUGACUCGAUGCAAUUUGUACUUGAAUAUUUCCUUCGCUUCCAGGAGAACCUGCCGGGGACGUAUUACAUAUCUCCCAGCUUCAGAGGCGAGGAUCCUGAUGCAACUCACUUGAAUCAGUUCUACCAUGUGGAGUGUGAACUGUUGGGAGACAUGGACAAAGCCAUUUCCACAGCAGAGGGGUACUUGGCUCAUCUAACCAAGUCCAUGUUAAAGAAACACUCUGAUAUGAUCCUAAACACUGCCGGGACUCUUACACAUGUGAAAGCCAUGCUGAGUAAGCUGGAUGGAAAAACUUCUCUCCCAAGAGUCUCUUUGGACCAGGCCAUUCCCAUGAUGCCCUCUGCUGACUGCUUAGAGUGGGUACAAGAUGGUCAGCCGCAGUUUGGCAGAAAGCUGACACGCAAAGGAGAGCGGGUCUUGAUUGAGAAAAAUGGUGGUGCAGUUUGGCUGACUGAGAUGGAUCAUCUAAGUGUUCCCUUCUACCAAGCCUACAUGGAGGACACUGGGCGCAGCAAAGCCAAAGCCGCUGACCUUCUCCUCGGGCUGGGAGAGACUCUGGGUCUUGGUGAACGGCAUUCUAACCCUGAGAUGGUGAAAGAUGCCCUCAGGCACCAUGCAGUGCCGGAACAGUCCUACAAAUGGUACAUUGACAUGCGGCAAGUGAAACCACUCCAGACCAGUGGAUGGGGCAUGGGGACGGAGCGCUACUUGUGUUGGCUGCUUCAGCAUGAUGACAUCAGAGAUUUACAUAUCAUUCCGAGGAUGAAAGGAGCCAAGUACAUGCCUUGAUCAAACCACUCCACAGGUCAACAGGCCCUUAGAUAGGAUACACCUGUAGAUAUGGGGCCAAUGAAAAAUAUGGAGUUUGGAUUAAAUGCUUUAAUAAUACAGAUCCUUAGACGAGAUGUGUUAAAAUAAUCCUGUCAUAUUAUCCUAUGUAAACCGUGUUCCCUUCAGAGUAAAAAAAAACAAUGUAUCAGAAGAGUUGAAUUUUUGGUUACAGGAAGCAAAUAAACUUUUUUUUAACUGUA